AUGCCUAACCUCGGAGGUUGGUUCACUGGCCUGACCGAGCGUCAAGCGAUGCUCAACAACUGGCUGGAGAACGGCCGCGGCGUCAUGAAGGCAUACUGGCUUACGGGCUUCACGAACGCCCAGGGCUUCCUGACGGGCAUGCGCCAGGAGGUGACGCGACAGCACAAGAAGGAUCAGUGGGCUCUGGAUGACGUCAUUUCUCACACGGAGGUGCUUCCCUACGACAUGGAGCGUAUCCGAGACGUCCCCGAGGAGGGACAGAACAUCUGGGGUCUCUUCAUCGAGGGAGGUCGCUGGAGCCGACAGGACAACAGGAUUGAGGAGUCAGAGCCCAAGAAGCUUUUCACCUCCAUGCCGGCCAUCUUCGUGACAGCCACCACGGCGAGAGACCUCAAGGGGAUGGGAUUGAACUACGGCCCGCACGGCCCGUACAACACAGCCGUCUACAAGUAUCCGAAGCGAAACUUGAACCGCACAUAG